CGGAGGACGGGCAGGGUGGAUGGCUGUGAGAGCAGAUGGCUUUAAUCACUAUUGCAAAAUAAUAACUGACUCAACUUAUUCAUAUACAGGCUAUCCACAGUAACAAGAGGAUAGUGAGCUAAGGAAAGGAGUAUUAUCAAAACCUUGGUACUGGAAAUUAAAAAAGAAAGGAUUGGAAUCAACAUUUUUGAGAGCGCAGAAUGAAAGCACAGGCUCCGGAAAGUGCAGACGCCCGAUGAUCACUCUUCUGGAUUAAACACAUCAUAGGUUAUACAUUCUGGAGACUGCAGUUGACCCAGGGAAUACAGGCCUUUAUUUUAUUUGUCGAUUGUGGACGGCUGUCAUACAUGAUACAUGGUAUAUUGGCUCCACGGACUGCGCUCCGUUUGUUUCGUUGAUCAGGAGGAGUUGAAGUAACAAUUCAUUUAAUCGACAAGGCUUUCAUCUAUGGUCUCACAAUCCUCAUCGGUGUCAUGAAAUUCGAGACUUCCCUGAAUCUAGCCUUAUUUUUGGAGAUUGCUGUAAAUCGAAUGUAACGGUUCGCAUACGCGGAGAUCGUUUCGACACUUUGGAAGGGCGAAAGGUUACGAUUGCAUUAUUGGGGACCGCAGUUCAACGGGGAGCAUUUGACAUCACAGCCUGUCUGGAAUUACUGUAUCGGUUCCUUUUAACAUUUUCAAGUUACAUAGUAAGGCGUGUAAUAGUUUCUAAACAAUCUGGUUGUUUCGGAUCACGACAGUCUACAGCAUUCAGGAGAAGCGGAUCUCUUUUGCGUGUCUUUUUUUCCAUUCGAGAAUGCUCGUCGCAUUAAACAGGAGAUAAUAACCAUAACCAUCAAAUUAAAUAUCAAAGGGAACGUACAUAUCUUUCUUUCAUUUUUCCGGGAUGGCAUGCUUUUGAAUUUUCUAUCGACUGCAAGCCUCCGAAGCUGACUGCCCGACCAGCGCUGCAACCUGCAUGGGAUUUUAGCUUUGCACCACGGAACAAUUUAUGGUCUCUCUCGGCGGUGCCCCGGCUGUAGUUGUCCUCCCGCGCUGCCAUGCUGGCCUGCCUGCAGAGGAGGCAGAACCCGCCGCCACAGCACCACCACCACCCGGCCUGCGCCGGCAAGGCUCUGGAGCCUCCGCCACAGGCCCUCAGCCGAAAAUGUGAGGUGACGGUGCCCAUGCCCACCCCACGCUACCCCAGCACGGCCGAGCUGGACGCCUACGCCCAGAAGACAGCCGGCAACCCGCUCUCCAUCAAGAUCUUCCCCACCAACAUCAGGGUCCCGCAGCACAAGCACCUUAACCGCACAGUCAAUGGCUAUGACACCACCGGCCAGCGCUACAGCCCCUACCCCCAGCUGAACACCGGUGGCUACCACGGCCUGCUGGCCAUCGGCAAGGUCUCCUCGUCGUCCUCCUCCUCCUCCUCCUCCACGUCCUCUCUGUCCUCUUCAUCGUCGGCCUACGCGCCGUCGUCCGUGGCCAAAGGCGUGCUGAAGAAUGCGGAGGGCCGCCGGACUAAGCUCUCUCCCCCGCAGCUGGCUGUGGCCCCCUACCCGCCCCCACUGGGCGGCACCGGCGGUGGUAGCACUUUAGCGCACCCCCAUCACCGGCACAUGCUGUACCACGCCGUGUCGGCCAAGCCCCCGGAGGGCUCCACGGCCGCCGUAGGCAUCUCCGUGCCGCCCAACGUGACGGUGGCCAGCUCGGUGAUCCCGACGGGCGGCGGCGGAGGAGGAGGGGGGGGAGGUGGCAGUGCCACCGCCGGAGCUGCGGGGGGCGCUGGAGGGAGAGGGCUGGCCCUGCCUCCCCAGUCCAACCUGCCCUCCAUCCAGAGCAUCAUCUACCAGAUCAACCAGCACUGCCAAGCCCAGGCCCUGCAGCAGGUGUGCCAGGGAGCCGGCCCUCCCACCACCACCACCACCUCCGCCAACAGCAGCAGCAGCAGCAGCCCGCCCAAACAGCACGGCGCCACCGUGGUGGUCGGGGGGCUGCCGUCCGCCUCCUCCGGCCACUCGGGGGGGACCUUCCCGGCGGGCAUGGUGGCUCAGGGCGGCCUCGUGUACGGGCAGGGCGGUGAGGGCCUCAAGACGGCGGGGGUGGUGUACGCAGACAGCAUGGAGUACCUGCUGUGGCAGCAGAAGCAGCAGCAGCAGCAUCAGCAUCAACAGCAGCAGCAGCAGCAGGCGGUGCUGCGCAUGUACAGCAACGGCAGCGGUGGUGGCGCGGCGGUCAGCAAGUCCCCCGAGACCUGCCUGCCCGGCGGCGGCCUCCUGCUCGGGGCCGGAGGGGGAGGAGGGUCGUCGUCCUCCUCGUCCUCGUCCCGGCAGCCUUACUCGCUCACGGCCGGCGCCAGCGGAGGCGGCCUGGAGAAGGUCAGCUCGUCGCCCCUCAACUGCGCCGGCAUGCACGGCAACUUCUCGGUGGGCCAGUACUUUGCGCCGCCGUGGAACAGCGUCCUGGUCACGCCCGACAGCGACUGCUACAACCCCCAAGAGCUGCCGGGCGCCACGAGCACCACCGCCGCCGGCCUUCCGCCCGCCGUCACGGGCCCACUCACGGGCUUCUCCCAUCACCCCCCCCCCCACCACCACCACCAUCACCCCCAUCACCCCCACCACCACCACCACCCCCACUCACACCACCACCACCAUCCCCACUCGCACCAUCAACCGCACCACCCGCACCACCCCCACCUGGGCUUGGACAGCGGCGGCGGGCUGUGCUGCGGCCUGCCCAGCAAGAGUCUGUGCAACACGUCGGUGCUCAGCAGCAGCCUGCAGUCGCUGGAGUACCUGAUCAACGACAUCCACCCGCCCUGCAUCAAGGAGCAGAUGCUGGGCAAAGGCUACGAGACUGUGUCGGUGCCGCGGCUGCUUGACCACCAGCACGCGCACAUACGCCUCCCCGUUUACAGAUAGAGGAGGAGGAAGAGGAGGAGGAAGAGGAGGAGGAGCAGAAGCAGGGACGCAAAAUCCGGGCGGUGCUUCGGUGUUCCCCCACCCGAAAAAAAGGGCCAAUGUGAAAUCUCAAUCAAAUGCAAGAGGAGGCCGUGGUACUCUAGAGGACGGACUAGAUGGAGUUUUGUGUGUAGGGAGGGGAGGGGGGUUAUAGGUGACCCUGCUGGAAGUGGACUCAGUUGGGUCACCGUUGUGUUGGGGAUGGGCGGGUUUGGGGCUUUUUUGCUGGGGAGCUCAGAGACAUAGGGUGGGUCUGGAUUGUCUUGCUGUGAAUCCUGAAUAGCCAAUGGGUGCCUCUCAGCUCAGUGAACAGACAGGUUGAAGGGUUGUUGGAGAAGAGUGGGGUUUUCCGUUUUUCCGUUUGUGUUUCAUUUUUUGCCAACAGGGAUUUGACAAUGACAUUUUUCGUCUUUUUUUUUUCCUCUUCAUAAUUUUUUUUUUGGUGGUUUGAUUUGAUUGUGGUGAGAAUCAUCGUUCACACAAGAAGUGAACAGACAUUUUCCUUUUCCAUUCCAAAAGAGAAACAACCGAUCGGCCCAGGAAGAGCAGUGGUCCAGGAAGAUCAGUGUCGGGGCUUAGUUUCUGAUUCAAUUCAACGGGCAGAGUCAUGCCCCACAUAUUACACAUAAAGAGAGUCACACUGUACAAAACACGGAAAAGCAAGAAGGCGUGAUAAUUUGAGUGAUCAACAUGAUGAAGUUAAACAUUGACAAUAAUAUUAAAUGGUUUUAUUGAAAAUUGCACUGCUUUUGAUUUGAAAACUUUGUGUUGAACAGAUUUGGGAUGUUGGAAUGGGUUAGUCUGGAUGCAUAUUGAAGAAACUUGAAAACUUGAACCUAUUUUCGUUGUUGUUUUACAUAUUUGUAGUAUAUGAUAUGCAUUGGCUGCUAAGAGGGAAAAAUGUCUAAACGCUUAGUUUUUUAAAAUUGUUUUUUUUGUUUUGUUGUGUAUUCCUUAUUAUUAUUAUUAUUAUUAUUAUUAUUAUUUUCUUUGGCUGAUAUUUAGUUUCUAGUGUCCUGGUGGCGCAAUUACUGUUCCGGUUCUCAGAGAAGCAAGAACCAGAGUGCUCCUUUGCUCGAGCUAACACUGGAAACCGCUCACAAACCUAACUCAACUCAACUCAAAACUCAAAUCUAACAAAAAAACAAAACAGAUUCACAUAACAAUGGAAAUCAUUAUUUAAAUAUAUAUAAAUAUAUAUAUUUUGAAAUCUCAGAAAUAUGAAUGUCAUGAUUUAGAGGUGUUCCAGUAUGGCUUUCAUGGUGUGUAAUUGUUGUUAUUAUUAUUGUUGCAAUUGUUAUUAUUAUUAUUCCUAUUGUUUUAUUUUGAUUUUCUUAUAUUAUUAUUUAACCCCCAGACUUCUUUGAUGUUAUACCUGACCUAUACUCCUACCAUAGCAGAGCCCAAGGUUUUACCUGCUGCCAGAUAUCCCAUGUUUGGUUCAAACGCUUCAGUUUCAACCGAGCCCCUCAUAAUGUCACACACACACACAGACACACACACACACACACACACCCUCUCAGACUCUUAAAUGCUGUGGUGUGAGAUAGUAGCCGUUAUCCUACUAGCAGUCAGAUCAUGUUGCUCAACCGACUGCAGGCCCCCACAGAGGCCACAGGACCAUAGGACCACAGGGGUUACCCGCCUGCUGGUGAUUCUCUACAUCAUUAUUCUUUUUUAUAUAUAGAUCUAUAUAUAUAUAGAUAUAUGAAUCUUAAGUAUGUAAGGAUGAAACAAUCAUGGCCUCCUCUCUCCUGAGCGUCGUCCUGUCCUGGUAUCUCUCAGGAAGAUGAGGCAUGCAGUGGAGAGGGUCACUCUCUCUCUUUCUCUCCCUCUCUCUGUCGAACUCUAGAUUUUAUUUGUAUUUUAUAUUUUGGUGAGGUGUGGCAUCCUGUCGUUGUGGAUUGGGUGCAGUUGCACGCACACCCCUGAACCCGGCCUAUCGCUCGCUUCACUUUUCUCUUCCCUUCUUCCUUUCCUCCUUUUUUUAUUUUGGAAAGAAGGUCUGAACACUGAAAUAUUUAUUCUGACUGUGACUUUUCCUGUGAAUGUAAUGCACUUAAAUUACUGAGAAGUCUAAUGCCUUUUGGGACUGAGAGAAAGACAGAGAGACAGUAAAAAAGAAGAAGGAAAGAAAAAAAAAAAAAAGCGAAAUUGGAUCAGCGCAGCA